CCAGAAUUCCACGCAGGUAUUUCCAGACGAACCUUGCCUCGCACUGUCACGUAACCCGAUUUGCAGUCCCUCUUUGCCCCUGCAGCUGUUGUCACCUCACACUUUUAGCCGCGGCCUGAUCUCCUUUUGUCCGCAUCGGCUUGUCUUUUGAGUAUGCCACAGUCUCGCCGUAGAUGACUUAUUAUUGCGAACCAUGUUGCUUUAUUUACAAUUUGGCUGUUGUUGUUUUCUUCUUGAUCCCAGUUUUUUUGCGUUCCUGUUCUCCGGAAGUCUCUGUCCUUGUGUGUCAUGAUCCGCCUGUCCUUGUGUUCCACCUGCAAUGCCUCGUGGGUCAUAAACCCGAGUAUAUAUAGACCCACUUUCUAUUCAGGCUUCAUCAAAUCCGUACUGUUGUCACGGUGCUCAAUACGCUCCGUCGGAAUUCUCAUGAUUAUGUGCGUUCAUCUGAGAUGACACACUGUGGCGACCCCGAAAGGGACAAGCCGAAAGAAACGUACCUAUUAUUAUAGUUAUGUGUUUACACUUGUUGUUUUGCAUCCCGGCAGUUCCUCUUACCAUUUCCGACACGAGAUUAGUAAAUUCGUUUCUUUCGGCCUGUCCUGACGCGACCCCUCGUGGGGAGUAGAGCCCCCCAGAGAGAUACCAACUCACGCCCCCCUGGUUUACCAAACCAAUGCUCUACUACAAUACUCUGGGCCUCAUUUACAACACCGGAUUGAUACACAGUGACUCUGAAUUGUCAUGAUCCUGCCGCUUCAGCACGAGCUGUGCGGGUGCCUGCGCGGCUGCGCUCAUUGGGAGGCGCACACCUGCGACUCAUGCGGGCGGAUCAUCCCCUGUGUAUAUAUAGGACCCGGUGACGACUGGUCCUCCGCCAGUUCGGUGAGCUUUAUGUCCCGUUCCAGCACUCUCGUAUCCCUGAUUGAACCUGUGUGUACCGACCUUCGUCCGUUCUCCGACCAACCCCGUUUAAGAUCGGAGGAGAAGGAAGAAGGCGGCAACCCUUGUCGAAUUUGGCAGUGGACGCGUCGCCUUUACAGGCCUUCACAAAGACACAUUCAACGCCUUGUUUUCAGCAGCAGUUGUUCGCCUGCUGCACAGCUUUGACGUUUUCUUCAGACUGGGACAUUUAAUCCAAAAUGGCUUUGGUGAGGCUGAUCGUGCUGUCUAUUAUCCACUCACACGUGGUUGGAAUGCAGCCCACCCAAAUUUCACAGCAGGCGUCAAGCGCUAGUCCGCCUCCCGGAGAACAAACUCCAUUGGAGACGGGCAAUCUGUCCUUCCCUUGGAGUCGCCUUCGCUUGCCAAGGUAUGUGAUUCCUCUUCACUACCACAUCAUAGUGCACCCCAACCUCACCAGUCUCCAUUUAACCGGCUCCGUCACGAUCCAAAUCGACGUCCAGAACAGCACAAAUUGGGUUGUGUUGCACAGCAAGGGUCUGCGGAUCUCCAAGGCAACCAUAUUGGACAAGAACUUAGCUCAUUUGUCUGACCAGGUUCUACCUUGUCUCCAUAACCCUGCCCAUGAGCAGAUCGGCAUCUUUUCUCCCAGAGUCCUCAGCAUCGGACAGAAGUACUUCCUGUAUAUUGAGUUUGGGUCAGAGUUGUCAGACGGCUUCCAGGGUUUCUACAAAAGCACCUACAGAACCAGUUCAGGAGUGAUCAGAACAUUAGCUUCCACUCACUUUGAGCCUACAAGUGCGCGCAUGGCAUUCCCUUGUUUUGACGAGCCAAGCUUCAAAGCCAACUUCUCAGUGCGGAUCAGAAGGAGCUCCGAGUACAUUUCCCUGUCCAACAUGCCGAUAGUCAAGUCAGUUGAGGUGGAUGAAGGCUUGCUGGAGGAUCAGUACGCUCCAAGCGUAAAGAUGAGCACGUACCUUGUCGCUUUUGUCGUUUGUGAUUUCAAAUCUGUCACUGCGACAACAUCAUCUGGGGUGAAGGUUUCCAUCUACGCUGAUCCUGAGAAGUGGUAUCAGACCCACUAUGCCCUUGAAGUUGCUGUCAAAAUGCUCGACUUCUACGAGGAGUAUUUCAACAUUAAUUAUCCCCUUCCCAAAUCUGAUUUGAUCGCCAUCCCAGACUUUGAGAUGGGUGCAAUGGAAAACUGGGGCCUGAUCACUUACAGGGAGCACGGCCUGCUCUUUGACCCUCAAGUAUCAUCAGUAUCCGACAAACUGUGGAUUACCAAGGUGAUUGGGCAUGAGCUUGCCCAUCAGUGGUUUGGUAACCUGGUCACAAUGACGUGGUGGAAUGACACCUGGCUGAAUGAAGGCUUUGCCAGAUACAUGGAGUACAUUGCAGUUGAGGCGACCUACCCUGAACUCGAAGUGGAAGAAUAUCUGUUGCACACGUGUUUCGCAGCAAUAGCUCACGAUUCCUUGAAUUCUUCUCGGCCAAUAUCCAGUCCGGCGGAGAACCCCACUCACAUCCGGGAGAUGUUUGACACCGUUUCCUACGACAAAGGGGCAUGCAUCCUGCACAUGCUGCGUCACUUCCUCUCCGAAGACGUGUUCCAGAGGGGAAUAGUCCGAUACCUUCGCAAAUAUAGCUACCAAAAUGCACGAAACCAAGACCUGUGGGACAGCCUGGUCAAUUCUUGUUCAGAGGAGGAUUUCAUUUCAGGGCAGCAUUGUUACGACAGAGCACAGGCCCAUAAAAAUUCAUACCUCUUGGCUGGGGAACACUUGGACUUGACCGCCAUAAUGAACACUUGGACUCUGCAGAAAGGCGUUCCUCUGCUAAUCGUAAAAAGGGAGGGGGCGCACCUGAGGCUCAGGCAGGUGCGCUUCCUGAGGACGGAAGUGCCCUCUGGUCCCCUCUGGUCCACGCUGCAACGAGGCUACUUAUGGCAUAUCCCACUCACGUACAAGACGGAUACUUCCCACGCCAUCCACAGACACAUGAUGACAACUCACACAGACAGCGUCCACAUAGGAGAGGACGUGAAGUGGGUGAAGUUCAACGUGGACAUGACCGGCUACUACGUGGUUCAUUAUGAGGACGGCGGGUGGGAGGCCAUCACGAAGCUGCUGAGAGAAAACCACACUGCCCUGAGCUACAAAGACAGGACCCAUUUGAUACACAACGCAUUUCAACUGGUCACGGCAGGUUUUCUUUCCCUCGACAAAGCGUUCGACUUGAUCGGUUACCUGCAUCUGGAGACACACACCGUCCCCCUGCUCGAAGGAUUGGGCUACCUGGAGGCCGUUUACCAUAUGAUUGAGAAACGGAGGGACGCGGAUCUGGUGGAAAACUUUAGGAGUUACAUCCUGCAGUUUUUCCGCGGUAUCAUCGACCAGCAGACCUGGAGUGACGAGGGCUCCGUGUCGACUCGGCGACUAAGGUCGGAGGUUCUCUCUUUGGCGUGCUACCUGAAUGACGCUUCCUCUGUGGAUGAGGCACGCUGGCGUUUCAAAGACUGGCUUCAGUCAAACGGAGCUCUCAAACUUCCCACCGACGUGGCCGAGACUGUGUAUGCGGUCGGUGCCCAGGAUGAUGAUGGGUGGACUUCGCUCUUGCAUCUCUACAAGAACUCCAGCUCAGCAGCGCAGAAAGACAAAAUUUUGCAUGCUUUGACCAACAGCAGAGACACAAAUAAAUUACACAGACUACUGGACCUAGGUCUGGAAGGUCAGGUGAUCCGACCCCAGGACCUUUUCUCGCUCAUCUACGGGGUGGCCAAAAACCCUCGAGGGCACUACAUCGCGUGGGAUUUUGUCAAGAAAAACUGGAACACGCUGGUUCAAAAAUUUCAGUUGGGCUCAUCUACUAUUCGGAGCAUCCUCGUAGGGACUACAAGUCAGUUUUCAUAUCCAGAGGAAUACUCUGAGGUGAAGUUGUUUUUUGAGUCGAUCAGAGAACAUGCAUCUCAGAUCAAAGCUCCUGAACUUGCUCUGGACAACUUGCAGAAAAAUAUUCGAUGGAUUCAGAGAAACUUGGAGAUGUUAAAAAAGUGUCUGGCUGAGAAAAAGAAAUUUGGACACAGGGAAUACUUGUGAUUGUUGAUUUUUUUUUUUUUUUUUUUUUUUCAAAUUACAUUUCUUUUUAUGACAGUUUGUGGUGUGUCUAAAAAAAAAUCACAUUUUCAUUUUUUCUAAAGGAAACAUGAAUUAUGCUGACUUAUUGUUAUUUUUUUUCAAUUCAAUCUUUAACUUGAUUGGUCUCAUUGAUGAUUAAAAGUCUCUUUUUCUAGGGAGACAAGCUAGACAAACACCGGCAAAAAUAGAAAUAAGUUACAGACGUACAAGGAAAGACAAAAUACAAUUUAAACCGACACUUUGGAUUUAACGAUCUGAGUCAUAACUACGAAUCAAUUGCUCAAACAUUAAAGCAUUCGACAUCGAAACAUACAUAGAGAGCAACAACAAAGAAAGUCCUUCCAUUUCAUUCAUUAUAGAUUUUGUGAGUGUGAGUCGGUUUAUGCAAAGGAGAUAAACAUUACCAAAUUAUGUUGCAAAAAAAAAAAAAAAAAAAUUCUUCCAUUUUUUUUCUCGUCUUCUGAUGACCGGAACCUACGCAGCCCCUAAAGGGACAUUGGAAAAAAAAAAAACAAGACUAACUUGUUUCUCAUUGUAAAGAGUAAGUUACUCAUUGUAAUGAGAAGCUUUCUCAUUGUAAUGAGAAACUUUCUCAUUGUCAUGUAAUGUAACAAGUUCGUUUUUUUUCUCAAUGUCCCUUUAGGGACUCUGUAGUGUGUCAAAAAGUAAGUACAAUUAAUUUAUAGCACAUAUCAAGGAGAGGACUCACAAAGUGCUUUACGUUGUUAAAAUAUACAAACACAAAUGUUACAGUGUUCCAAGCUUAUUCCUAAAUCAAAGCUUGCAAAUUCACCUAUUUGUGGAUGUUUUUUUUUGGCGGGGGGGACAGGCCGAAAGAAAAAGAAGAUUAUUAUUGGGGAGCCUAGCUUCUAUUUUUUUUUUUUGUUUGUUUAAAAACUAUUUUUGUUCUCAGUCCAACUCUGUGCAACAAUAUUGCUUCGGCCUCAUUUUUUGGCAUCUUCUUGGGAACUGAACUGAUGAGGGGAGGAGCUUGCUUACUCUAGACCAGAGGUGUCAAACUCGUUUCUAUUGCGAGCCACAUUGUAGUUAUAGUUUCUGUCAGAGGGCCAUUGUGACUGAAACCAUGAAAAUGUUUAAUUGACCCAUCAUAUUUACACAUUAAAAUUUAUCAACUA